CCAGGAGACGUCGUCGCGCAGGCGCAGUCGCAUCCACAGCCGCAGACGAGAAGAUGGUGCUCAUCAAGGAAUACCGUGUGGUGUUACCCUGUUCGGUGGAAGAGUACCAAGUGGGACAGCUGUACUCUGUAGCCGAGGCCAGCAAGAAUGAGACCGGAGGUGGAGAGGGAAUAGAGGUCCUGAAGAAUGAGCCUUAUGAGAAUGGUGAAGAGAAGGGGCAGUACACACACAAGAUCUACCAUCUAAAGAGCAAAGUCCCAGGAUUUGUGAAGAUGAUCGCGCCAGAGGGGGCUCUGGUGUUCCACGAGAAGGCCUGGAACGCUUACCCAUACUGUCGGACAAUUGUAACGAAUGAGUACAUGAAGGAUGACUUCUUCAUUAAGAUUGAGACGUGGCAUAAACCGGAUAUGGGCGCUCUAGAAAACGUUCAUGGCCUGGACCCAGCCACGUGGAAGACGGUGGAGGUGGUGCCCAUUGACAUCGCAGACAGAGAGCAAGUGUCGUCAAGUGACUACAAACCAGGGGAGGACCCUGCCUUGUUUCAGUCUGUGAAGACAGGUCGGGGGCCUCUGGGCCCCAACUGGAAGAAGGAGCUAAUGAACAGCCCAGACACCCCGCACAUGUGUGCCUACAAACUGGUCACUGUCAAGUUCAAGUGGUGGGGCCUGCAAAACAAGGUGGAGAACUUCAUUCACAGUCAAGAGAAGAGGAUCUUCACCAACUUCCACCGGCAGCUGUUCUGUUGGAUCGACGGCUGGGUGGAGCUCACCAUGGAGGACAUCCGGCGGAUGGAGGACCAGACGCAGAAGGAGCUGCAGGAGAUGCGACAGAAGGGCUCCGUUCGGGGCACAAAAGCUGCAGAGGACUAGCCCCGCCCCCCAGUGUAGGUCAGAGGCAGGCUGAGUAAGUCCUACAGCUUCGCAGAGAAGGUCAGGUUCGAGGCACCAGUGCUGCAGAUGAACAAUAAGAAAACAUUUUCAAAGCAAAAAGGAAAAAAAAACAUCCCACCAUGACGAGAAGGAUAUGGACGUGCAGAGCCCUGAUUACUGUCCCUGACGCUCGAGGCGGCACACAGCAGGGCUGUAGGGCUGUACCCACCCUCAGCAUAAUCAGGAAUUUCAUUGGAUGGAAAAGGAAAAACAUUUUUUAACAAAAAAUUACCGGUCUGUGUCGCUUUUGCAGCAAACAUGAAAGAGUACCUUUUAAAAGAAAUUACUGUAAUUUUUUUCUAAAGCAUUCAUUAGUAAUCGUUUCCAUGGUUUAAUCUCAGAUAUCGGACCAAUUUCUCUUUUUGGAUGUACAUGUUGGGUUGUCGUGCCUGUUCCCCCAAAGCCUCUUCUGUACAAAGUGCUCUGAAGCCUGGUGACUUCCCACUUUCUGGGAGAGUUGGAUCCGCUCUAAGCUUCUUUUUUUUUAUAUAUAUAUGUGUAGUUUGUUUCAUCCAUCACUUUUCUUCGCCUGUUGUAGGUAUUACUCUUAAUUGGAGUGGAACAUAUUUUCUUCCACCCAACAAACAACCAAAUGUGACCCCACACACACACGGAUUAAAAUCAUGGUGAGUGGGGCUUAACAGGGCAAUUAACAGGCUCAGGGGAACCAUUGGUGGGAGACCAGGGUAAGCAUUAUCAUGUUUGAUCACUUUCAGCGCUGCCUGGUUUAGGGGUGAAGGCAAAGCUAGUGAUGUGAGACAGUGCCGGGGACGAUGCUGUCCCCUCUGGCUGUUUACAGACCGGCCUGUCUUUCGGCCGCACCCCACCUUCUAUGGGGGGUUUUGAUCCCCACACUGCGAGGGUUGUUCAGGGCGAAGGGCGUGCCUGUCAGGUAGGCUGUAGACCUGCCAGUAAGUGUUUCAGUGACGGUCUGUGGGCCAGUUGGGCUGCUCUGCUUCCAUUUAAAGGUGUAUCUGCUGCUUUGAACAGACCGCCCCCUUUGGGGCGCAGUGUCACGCCCCCUUUGGGGCGCAGUGUCACGCCGCUCCUCGUCAGGUCCCGCCUCCUUCACCUCAACCAUGUGCUGAUCGUUUCCCCAUCGGACACCUGGUCAGUUGCCUGUAGCUUUCCGGAUUCUUUUAAUCUUGUGCAGUUUCAGCUGUGUACGUGCGUGAGUGAGCGAGAGAUUCUUUGUGCUUACGGUUAACUGGUAACCUAAACCAAGAGUAUUAAGAUGUAGCGGACUGGAGUCGUGGCCUGUAUUUGAGUUCUUGGUCAGCUGUGAUGUCUCCACAGCAACUGUUUGAUUCAUACUGACAUGCAAAAUACAGAACUGUCCUACGUUUUUACUUGACUUCCUUUGUUCGUUUGUCCUGCCCACAUCAUAUCUGUUUGGUGAUCUAAAUGCACUACAUCACUUUGCCAGCAGGGCGGCAACAUGAAACUGCAUUUACUGGUCCUCUGCUGCUCUUAUUGAAGAUUCUUUUGAUACUCAGCACAGCAAGUAACCUGAAAUACUUUUUUCCUCUAUUUUUGUUUUAUUUGUUAAAUAUAAAGGUUUUUAGUAGUUUUCCAGUUUGACCAAUAUACGAUUUCAGAAACAGGUUGCUAGCCAUCUUUUCCUCAGUGGCGGUUUACUGGUUUUAAUACUACUACGGCAGCCUUUCUGGGAGAAUCCUGUUCCAGGGGAAAAGGAGAGCUCAAGAUGGAGAACAAACCGUACAGUGUAAUCAUGAUUAACCACCUUAAUUGCGGAAUUGACUACUGUUUUUCUUAAAAAAAAAAAAAGAGGGAGAUGCAUUUCAAUGUCUUUUUGUCUGAUCAUUGUUUAAAUUCAGGGGAAAUGGUAUUAAAUGUGUGCUAUAAACUGAUGCAGCAUUUGAGCUGUCACGUAAAAGGUCUACACAAUGAAAUUUUAACAAUAUCAAAUAAAUUUCAACACAACUA